AGAAAUGUAUGUUAUUUAUGUGGUAGUCUGGGUCAAGAAGAGCUGCUAUAUUGUUGUAUCUGUUGUGAAGCGUAUCAUACAUUCUGUAUAGAUGAAGAAGAUAGACCUAGUAAUGAUAAUAAAGAUAACUGGUGCUGUGAUAACUGUCAGUUCUGUAAUGUUUGUGGUUAUCAGAAUAACCUACUAUCUUGUGACAGAUGUCAGUCCACCUAUCACCCAGAAUGUCUGGGACCAAACUACCCUACUAGACCUAGUAGUAAGAAGAAUAUCUGGGUGUGUACUAAAUGUGUUAAGUGUAAGAGCUGUGGAGUGACCACA